UGCAAUUUACGUCAGUGCUGCAAAAGUAACGACACAACACCUCGCUGUGGGGCACUGUCGGGAUUUGCCGUAAAGCAUUAGGGCUUCACGGAAGGUUAAAGAGAUCUCCUUUAAUUAAGGACCAUGCCGUUUGUGGACCUGCAGGAGAAGUUGGGUGUAAACGUUGAUCGCUGGAUGCUGAUCCAGAGCGGGCCGCAGCCAUACCAGCGCGCUGCCCGCUGCCAUGCUUUCGAGAAAGAGUGGAUCGAGUGUUCACACGGUAUCGGCCAGACCCGAGCUCGGAAAGAGUGCAGGGUGGAGUUCGAGGACUUCUACGAGUGCAUGCACCGGCAGAAGAUGCAAAAACGCCUGUAUGAAAUCCGGACUCAGCGUGAGAAACUGAUAAAAGAGGGAUCCUACACGCCUCCAAAGCACCACGCCGGCAAGGAGGAGAUACGUCCAUGACCCUCUUCUGAUCCCUGGCCUGUGACCUUUGACCCUCGUCUUUCAUUGAUUAUGCCAUGCAGUCCUUGUUGAUGAGCAAGCUUGUCCCAACUAAUUAUUAUUCAUUUUCCAUUUGAAAAAUAAAGCUAUUCAAUCCCUUAA